AGCUGUAAUCUCAAAGUCUCCAUGGAAGCUACAUCACAGCCGUUUAUGUCUCAGAGUUACCUUAACGCUCAAGAAACAGCGACAAGGGCAACGAAAAAUUACUUAAAUUCGCUCCAUUCGACCCGAAAGCAACCUUCAAAGCCCUUGAAAAGACCUGUAACAUCAUCAAUAUCAUCUCAUUCGAAGCCAAUGCAUCCCCAAGUUUACCGAGUCGAGCCAAUAGACUUCAAAGAGUUGGUUCAAAGGCUCACCGGUGCACCUGAGCACGAGGUCGUGGCUAAAUCGCUUAAUAGUUUGGAUGAUGCAGCAAAGGAGAGUUCUUCGUUUGCGUUUGAUCUGCCAUCGUCAUCAUGGGGAGAUUUGUCACUUCAAAAUCCUGCGAAUCUCUCCAGAUGGUAGUUUUUUUUAGAGGCAUAACAUCUUUUACUUGCUCUUGCAAAAUGCAUAUUUUUAUUGUAAUUUUUGAAAUUCUUGUACUCUUUUAGCUCUUUAAAAAUAUAUACAGUAAAACCUCUAUAAAUUAAUACUCGAUAAAUUAAUAAUCACUAUAAAUUAAUAAAUUUUGCUGGUCCCAAAUCGGACCAAUGUAAAAAUUUAUCAAAUUC